UCUGCAGUCAAAAACCCUAGGUCGAAUACCCCCAAAACGAAAAACCCUAGAGAGAGCCAUGAGACCUCUCGACGAGAAAGAGACGACUCUCGUCUUCAACAAGCUCCACAAAUUCGUUGGAAACAACCUCAAGAACAUCGUCCUGGAGUCUCAGUCGCACGAAGGGCCGGAGUCGAAUCCCGGACGCUACUGCUUUCGCCUCCAGAAGAACAGGGUAUACUACGUCUCCGAAUCCUUAAUCAAAAGGGCGACCAACAUCAAGCGCGAGAAGUUAGUUUCGCUCGGAACCCAAAUCGGUAAAUUCACGAAAGCUGGGAAAUUUCACUUGACCAUCCAGAGCUUGAAUCUUUUGGCUGCGAAUGCGAAGCAUAAAGUUUGGCUCAAGCCCACUUCGGAAAUGAGUUUUUUGUAUGGGAACAGUGUGUUGAAAGGUGGGGUGGGGAGGAUUACGGAGAACAUUCAGGUGAAUGAUGGGGUGGUGGUUUUCUCGAUGUCGGAUGUGCCGUUGGGAUUUGGGGAUGCAGCGAAGAGUACGGUGGAUUGCCGUAAGAUGGAUCCUAAUGGGAUUGUGGUGCAUCGGCAUGCGGAUAUUGGGGAAUAUUUGAGAAUGGAGGAUGAUCUUUAGGUUGAUUCUGAGCCAUGUUUGGUGUUGACGGUUAUAUUAUGUGAAAAAUCCUCAGUGGUCCGGAAUUUUGAGCUACGGUUGUGUAAUCUGAAUUUUGUUGGAAAAUGUUGUUAUUACUUUAUAAUUUGAGAUAAAUUCUAGAAACUAAUCAAAUGGAAGGAUAAUUCAGCUCAGUUUUGUUGGGGAGUUUGAAUUUCUUGAA